CACGCAGCCAGGAUGUUGUGGUGCGGCGUCAUCAAACAGCGACUCAAAUGAGACGUCAAAUCCAUUAUUGUCCUCUGUUGUUGCUCAGUGGUAGACAGAUAGUGGCUCUGUUUGAAGCAGGGCAUGGACUUCACAGAGUGCUACGGAGACUCGGUGUCCAGUGUUGCAGCUGCAGCUCGCUCCGGCUGCAGGAGGCGGGUGAGGAGGCUGAUAAAGAGGGGCUACAGUGUGGACUGUGGGGACAACCGAGGCUGGAAGGCCCUGCAUGAGGCUGCAGCAGCUGGCAGCAAGGACUGUGUGCAGGAGAUACUGUCUGCUGCUGCUGCAGGCUCCUCCCAUGGCUGCCGUGCCUAUGUGAACUCUCUGACACAUGAGGGGGAAUCUGCAUGUUACCUGGCAGCGAGGCACGGACACCUGGCAGUGGUCCGACUCCUCCUGAAAGCACACGCCAACAUCAACCAGCUAACUAAUGACCUAUCCUGUCCUCUGUAUGCAGCUGUGGACGGUGGGUACACGGAGGUUGUAGAACUGUUGGUCAGUAAAGGUGCAGAGGUCAACAGGACACACACCGCCUCCUGCUGGACCUGCCUACAUCAAGCUGUUUAUAAGGGUCACAGUGAAAUUGUGCGCAUACUGGUCAAUGUGUGCAACUUGGAAGCACUAGAUGACCAUAAGAUCUCCCCGCUCUUUGUGGCUGCACAGUAUGGACAGCAGGAAUGUCUGGAAAUCCUUGUCACUGCUGGUGCCAAUGUGAACACCCAAGCAGCUGAUCUGGCCACGCCGCUGCUGAUCGCCUCUCAGGAGGGCCACCAGGCAUGUGUGGAUUUCCUGUUGGACCACGGGGCAGAUCCCAACAUAGCCUGCAGUCACGACUGGCCCCAGCUUCCCAUUCAUGCUGCUGCUGAGUUUGGCCACAUCGGUGUCCUCAGGAGGCUGAUAGCUGUCACAGAUCGUGUGUGUGACCGUGGUGAUGGCAUGGUGAGUCCAUUGUACGUGGCCGUCCACAGGCAUCGGAGCAAGAGCAUCGAGGUGCUCUUGAGGGAAGGUUAUAGCCCAGACGCACAGGCUUGCACGCACAUCCUGGGCCACCAUUCACCACUCUCCGUCGCCCUGUGUAACACAUCAGACAAACCAUACAGUGAAUCAGUGAGGCUGCUGAUAGCUGCAGGAGCUAGUUUGAACGAGGAGGACUGGAUUUAUGCCUUGGCCACCGACAAAACAGACCUGCUGCAACUUAUACUGGAGCACAGAUGGAUCCCUCGACCGGAGACUUUGACCAGGAACUGUUCUGUACCACAUCAUCGUGGGAAAACUGUGUUAAAGCUGCAGGAAAUGAGGGGGCUGCUCUGUGUGGCACUAAACCAAGUACAUUUUGCUGCGUGCUGGCUUCCUCUGCUUCUGAAAGCAGGACUGGAACCUUCUUUGCUGCUUCAGCCCCAUAUGUUUGAACAGGCAGACAGCGAGGUGUUGAAUUACCUGCUAGAGUUUGUAAACUGGUCGACUCUGUCACCCCCUUUGAAACAUAUUCUGGAUCAAAGACGAGCAGAGAAGACGUGGGAACCAUGUCCAUGUUUUGAAUCCAUUACCUGUCUUUCCCACAUCUGUCGGCUGCGGGUUAGGUCAGUGUUGGGACCAGAUCUACUGAUGAGGACCAACGUAGUCCAGCAGCUCCCAGUGCCCUCCCCACUUCAUGGUUUCCUCCAGUUCAGAGACAUCCCGGAAGCUUCCUUCAAACACUCACCGCCAUCAACACUUUCAAAUCGAAUACAGGAAUACAGCAGUACAUACCAACACAGACAUGUUCUAUAACCCAGUUGUCCCCUUCAUGCUGCUAUGAGGUUGUUAAAAUCAGCUUGUGGAAGCUAUAUGAGUGUAAAAUUCAAAUCCAAGAAUACAUUUGUUUAUGGCUGCACUAUUCCAUCAAAUAGAAAUAUUUUAUGCACCAUUUGACACACUUUUCCUCAAAAAAACAACGGCAUAUUUGGUGUAUUUGGAGACAUUGAGUAUAUUCUGUAGGUUUGAACAGAGUAUGACUACACAGGUGGGCCAGUGAGGUUUAAAAAGACGAUACUUCGAUAUUCUAUCUAUAAAAAAACAUUUCCCACAUUUGCAUAUUGUAUAUAUCCAUGCUGUUUGUGUUCAUCUGUUUCUCUGUGCCAGAUUCCUUGAUUGAAUUAAACGAGUCAAAUGUU